UCCUCUGUCGGCGAUAGGCGGUAGUGCAGCCGCGGCUCCGCGCUGGGACUGGUCCUUUCGCAGCCAUUUUCUGUCCAACCAAACAGCCGUCUCAGGAAGGUAACCAACCAGGGCUUCAUUGCAGAUGGACGGAGACAGCUCGACCACCGACGCCUCCCAGCUGGGCAUCACUGGAGAGUACAUGCCAUCCGGCCACUACGUUCUCCAGCCUCAAGAUGACGAUGCAGAUGCAGAUCUGAAUGACCAUGAUGACGGCGGUAUCAAAGAGAACUUCAGGGAGCAGGACAUUUAUCUCCCUAUAGCCAACGUGGCUCGCAUCAUGAAGAACGCUGUUCCUCAGACUGGAAAGAUUGCGAAAGACGCCAAGGAGUGUGUGCAGGAGUGUGUGAGCGAGUUCAUCAGCUUCAUCACAUCAGAGGCGAGUGAGCGCUGCCACCAGGAAAAGAGGAAGACCAUCAACGGGGAGGACAUCCUGUUUGCCAUGUCCACGCUGGGCUUUGACAUGUAUGUGGAGCCUCUGAAGCUUUACCUGCAGAAGUUCAGAGAGGCCAUGAAGGGGGAGAAGGGGAUCCCAGGGGUGUCUGUGGGUGAAGGCCUGGGAGAGGAUCUCGCAGACGAUAGCUUCACAAAUCCACUGCCAGCUGGGAUUAUCACAGCAGAUGGUCAGCAGCAGAACGUCAUGGUGUACACCACCUCAUAUCAACAGAUUCCCACUGUACAACAGAUCCAGUUUUCAUGACAAGGCCUUAACCAAAGCCUGAACACAGCGGCUCCAGACCAGCCUCACGGCCGCCAGAUGACCUCUGUCCCUGCCACAGGGUAAAGGUUAUCAGACGGACAGGGAGAAGUGGGGGGGGAGGGGGGCCUUUGCAGAAACCCUCAUGUACAGAGAAAUCACUACCUGUUCAGUAGAAAGUGUAGAUUCUAGUUGUGAGGCACCAAAUGUUUUGGAGUGCAUCCAAACCAGCUGGGAAAUUGAGGCUUUAUUUUAAAGGCUAGUCUAAUUACCUUAUUUAGUGGUUGAAUUCUUUUCGUGUGUGUAUUGAUGUGUUUGCUUUUAUGCAAUUUCUUCUUUGGGCCAGGGGUUGGGUUGGGGAACGGGGGGGGAAGAGUUGUAGAUGCUUAUUUUUGAACGCCUUCUCCAUUUGAACCAAGAGAGAAGCUAAGUUGAUACUGUCACAUCAGAUCAUGUAUCGCUUUUGUAAGUUCACACAAUUUACCAUGUGCUUUAAUGUUAAUGUAAAUCCUUUGAAUAAAAAUUUGAAAGUGA